AAAAGUCAACUAUUUUUAUUUUGUCAUAAAAAGAAGCUCAGAGGAGUUGGUAAAGUAUACCCUGUUAGCAGUCAAGGAUGAAAAAGACUGAUCUUCAAAACCGAAAAGGGAGAGAUGGCUGGAUUGAGAGAUCUCCAUCUCUUUCACAUUUUUAUGGGGACUGAUGAGAAGGUGAAAAUAUUGGAACCAAAGCUUCAGAAGGUAUGGAUGAACGAGGAAGUACACCAUCUUGGGGAACAAGUGGUCAACCAAGCCCCUCUUAUGACUCAUCUAGAGGUUUUACAGACAGCCCUCAUUACAGUGAUCACUUGAAUGACAGUCGAUUAGGGGCCCAUGAAGGCCUGUCCCCAACACCUUUCAUGAACUCAAAUCUGAUGGGAAAAACAUCAGAGAGAGGCUCAUUUUCCCUGUACAGCAGAGACACUGGAUUACCAGGCUGUCAAUCUAGUCUCCUGAGACAAGAUCUAGGGCUUGGGAGCCCAGCACAGCUGUCUUCUUCAGGAAAACCUGGGGCACCAUACUACUCAUUCUCCACCACAAGUUCCAGGAGAAGACCACUCCAUGACUCUGCAGCACUUGAUCCUUUGCAAGCAAAGAAAGUCAGAAAGGUGCCUCCUGGUUUGCCUUCUUCUGUAUAUGCACCAUCCCCAAAUUCAGAUGAUUUCAACCGUGAAUCUCCUAGUUAUCCAUCUCCCAAGCCACCAACCAGUAUGUUUGCUAGCACUUUCUUUAUGCAAGAUGGGACCCACAAUUCUUCUGAUCUUUGGAGUUCAUCAAAUGGGAUGAGCCAGCCUGGUUUUGGUGGAAUUCUGGGGACCUCCACUUCCCACAUGUCUCAAUCCAGUAGUUAUGGCAGCCUUCAUUCACAUGACCGCUUGAGUUAUCCUCCACACUCAGUUUCACCAACAGACAUAAACACGAGUCUUCCACCAAUGUCCAGCUUCCAUCGUGGCAGUACCAGCAGUUCACCUUACGUUGCUGCUUCACACACUCCUCCCAUCAAUGGAUCAGAUAGCAUUCUAGGAACCAGAGGGAAUGCUGCUGGAAGUUCACAGACAGGUGAUGCACUUGGAAAGGCUUUGGCAUCUAUUUAUUCUCCUGACCAUACCAGCAGUAGUUUUCCAUCAAAUCCAUCAACACCAGUUGGAUCACCCUCACCUCUCACAGGUACUAGUCAGUGGCCUAGACCUGGAGGGCAAGCUCCUUCAUCUCCAAGCUAUGAAAACUCACUCCACUCCCUGAAAAAUCGAGUUGAGCAGCAACUUCACGAGCAUUUGCAAGAUGCAAUGUCCUUCUUAAAGGAUGUCUGUGAGCAAUCUCGAAUGGAGGAUCGUUUAGACAGACUGGACGAUGCUAUCCAUGUGCUGCGGAACCAUGCUGUGGGACCUUCCACCAAUUUGCCUGCCGGUCACAGUGAUAUACACAGUUUAUUGGGACCAUCCCACAAUGCACCAAUUGGGAGCAUCAAUUCAAGCUAUGGUGGAUCAAGCCUUGUUACAAGCAGUCGAUCUGCUUCAAUGGUUGGAACUCAUCGAGAAGACUCUGUCAGUCUCAAUGGCAAUCAUUCAGUCCUGUCUAGCACAGUCACUGCUUCAAGCACAGACUUGAACCAUAAAACACAAGAAAAUUAUAGAGGUGGCUUGCAAAGUCAGUCUGGAACUGUUGUUCCAGCAGAAAUCAAGACUGAAAACAAAGAGAAAGAUGAAAACCUUCAUGAACCUCCCUCAUCAGAUGACAUGAAAUCAGAUGAUGAAUCCUCCCAAAAAGAUAUCAAGGUUUCAUCUAGAGGCAGAACAAGCAGUACUAAUGAAGAUGAAGAUUUGAACCCAGAACAGAAGAUAGAAAGGGAGAAGGAGAGGCGGAUGGCUAACAAUGCCAGGGAGCGCUUGCGUGUACGGGAUAUCAACGAGGCAUUCAAAGAGCUUGGUCGAAUGUGUCAACUUCAUUUAAAGAGUGAAAAACCCCAAACAAAACUCCUUAUUCUUCAUCAGGCUGUGGCAGUCAUCCUUAGUCUAGAACAGCAAGUCAGAGAGAGGAAUCUGAACCCCAAAGCAGCCUGCCUUAAAAGAAGGGAAGAAGAAAAAGUUUCUGCCGUAUCGGCAGAGCCGCCAACCACACUACCAGGAACCCAUCCUGGGCUUAGUGAAGCUACCAACCCUAUGGGUCAUAUGUAAACAUCAGCCAGUUCCAGAGUUAUCAGUAGGCUAGAUAGAAGGUGAACUCUCCUCAUAAGGACUGGACAACUCAGAUUAUCUGAAGACAAACCUGAUAGGAGGGAGAAGAAAAAACAAUACACUUGAAGCAAGAAACUCAAAUGUAAUCCUACGAUCAAAGCAACUGGUCAACACUUCCAUCAGAAGUGAAGAUAGGACGUCGCCCAGGAGACAUUUGCAGCGUGUCAUUUUGUCGCAAGCAGUGUGUCGCUUCUGCACAAUCAGAGAUUGUCUCGAUCUCUCCACUCACCGUGGAAGUUGCCUUGUGCCUAAACUGAAUUGACAAA